AUGAGCAAAAGAGAACCCACAGUACUUACGGUAACAGGUAUAUUAGACAGUUAUGCGAAGGAAAAAUCGCAACUCAAGGAAAAUCAACCAGUCAAAAACCUCCAGUUGCAUUUUACGACUUAUUGCGCGGCUAGUUCGAUACACGGGGUCAGAUAUAUUGGUGAGCGUGGUAGGCACAUUUUUGAGAGGGCGUUGUGGGCUGUAAUCGUUACAGCUCUAUUCACGUGCUGCCUAGUGAUGAUUCGCCAGGCGUACGCUAAGUGGGAGAUCUCGCCAGUGACAGUGACGUUUGCAACAACCGAAACCCCAAUUCACACGAUACCAUUUCCGGCGGUCACCUUCUGCCCUGAAGCGAAAUUCGAUCCGGAGAAAUUUAACUUUACAAAGACGUAUCUGAGGCAACAGUUCGGCAGUCGUCUCACCAAGUUGGAGUUAACGUACGUGCAGUUUUCGUACCUGGUGUGCAGUUCGGCAACGCAAAAUCAUGAUCUCUUUGAAGUGAGAGACCUCAAUGACACUAUUCCUGUUGAUAUAUGUGAAAGCUUGCUUGAUGUCACCCCUGAGUUUGAUCCGCUCAGUGUAACUUAUCUUAACUGGAUAGGCCAUUCACUGGAAUCAGGCUCCGCUUUAAUCCCUACAUUCACAGCUGAAGGAUUGUGUUACACCUUCAACAUGUUGCCUUACGAGGAAAUAUUGAGAUUCAACGACCCUUUGAAGAAUUCCUCCCAAUCUGCCAACAAGCCUCACAAAUGGUCAUUGGAAGACGGAUAUCCUCAAGAAGACGCACUGGACGCGUUUCCGAGAAGAACAUUCAUUUCUGGAAUUGAAGGUGGCUUGAGGAUUAAUUCCAUUUACACCAACAGCAGCCACCUAGAUCACCUCUGCACCGAGUCGCUACAAGGAUUCAAGGUUAGUCUACAUCACCCGUGCGAGUUACCGAGCAUGAAUAAGUACUUCCGAUUACCUCUAGACCAGGCUGUAUUCGUCGGAAUUAAGCCUUCAAUGAUCACGGUUUCGCCCGAGUUGCGGGACUACCCUGCGGAGACCAGAAAGUGCUACUUUGCCCAGGAGAAGUAUUUGGCGAGCUACAAGGUUUAUACACAACAAAAUUGUCUCGACGAGUGUUUGGCGAACCACACCUGGAAACAUUGUGAUUGUAUUCCGUUUUACUUGGCAGUGUAUGGUGACGAUACCAAAAUUUGUGGCCCUGCCAAAUUCAGAUGCGUACAGCGAUGUAAAACGCGAUUCGCGGGAGUUGGGAACAGCACUUCCGCAAAAAGGCCGUGUAAUUGUUGGCCAGCGUGCACCUCCUUGACGUACGACGUUGAAAUAUCGCAAACCGACUGGAGCUGGUCAGAAGAAUUCGGUGUAUGGCGUCAGUUAAAUGACCGUCAAUUGAAUAUUACGCCGCAUAAUACGCAUCUCUCGAUGCUCUCCGUUUACUACAAAGAACUGCAGUUCUUGAAUUGCGAAAGGAAGGAGUUGUAUGGCACCGUGGAGUUUUUUUCAAACACUGGUGGGCUUCUUGGAUUAUUUAUUGGAUUUUCCAUAGUGUCGGCUGCCGAACUUGUAUACUUUUUAACCGUUAGAAUCAUUUGCAAUAUCAUAAUGUAUGGUACUAGGACCUGGGCUGGCCAUCAAGGUUGA